AUGUCUUCUACUUUGUCUCGAUCGCUGUUCCAAACAGCUCGAUCAUUCAAAUCCGCUUCUACGCUUCCUCUCUCGCGGGUAGCGUAUUCUAGCACACAUAGCGCAAACCACAUUCAGACGCGGAUGCCCCCGCUACGGGAAGGAGCCAAGGCUGGACCUCGAUUCAAGGAGUUCGAUUUGCAAGACCGUGUCUAUGCUAUCACUGGUGGUGGCCGAGGACUUGGGCUUGCUAUGGGAGAAGCCCUGAUGGAAGCGGGUGCCAAAGUACACUGUUUGGACCGUCUGGACAACCCGCACCCUGACUUCCUGAAAGCGAAAGAGCACGCCGAGAGCGAAUACGGCGGCAGCAUUGAAUAUCACCAGAUUGACGUCCGUAACGACGCCGAGGUCAACAGUGCCUUUGCCGAGAUUGCCGGCCAGCACAAACGCUUGGACGGCCUGAUCGCCGCCGCCGGCAUCAAUCACCUGCAGAGCGCCCUGGAGCACUCGCAGGUGGCCAUGAAUGAAGUUAUGCAGAUCAAUUACAACGGUGUUUUCAACUCCGCCACUGCCGCUGCGCGGCAAAUGUUCAACUACCAGCAGAAGGGCUCCAUCGUGCUGAUUGCGAGCAUGAGCGGACUGAUUGCCAACAAGGGCAUGACCUCGCCCGUCUACAACUCCUCCAAGGCCGCUGUGGUCCAGCUGUCUCGCAGCUUGGCCAUGGAAUGGGGCCGACACGGUAUUCGUGUCAACAACAUUUGCCCCGGUCACAUCAUCACGCCCAUGGUCGAGCAGGUGUUCCAGCAGAACCCGGCCGCUCGUGCCGUCUGGGAAGCCGAGAACAUGCUCGGUCGUCUUGCCUAUCCCGAGGAAUUCCGAGGCGCUGCUCUCUUUGCCAUGAGCGAUGCUAGCAGCUUCAUGACCGGAAGCACCCUGGUCAUUGACGGAGGACACACGGCGUGGUAA